AUUUAAAAAAGAAACACUUGAGAAUCUGCAGAAACACGAAAUUAAAGUUUUAAAGCUUUUUUUUUUUAAGAGCUUAAAUUUUUUGCUCUGAAGCUUCAAAAUAUUUGUUAUGAGCUAAAAAAAAAAAGAAUCCUUUUUUUUUUUUUUUAAUCUUUCUUACUGGAACGAUUUUUGUAUUCAAAAUCAUUGUUUUAGUUUCUCAUGCUCUCUCUUCUCUCUUUUUUCUUCUUCCCCUUUUAGAGUAGCAGAGAGCUAAUAACAACAGAUUCGUUGUUUAUUUUGGCUGAAGAAGAAGAACUCUGUUUCCAAAGUUUUUUUUUUUUUGUUUUUUUGUUUCUAAUAAACCAUGAAGGCUCCAUCAAAUGGGUUUCUUCCCAAUUCCAACGAAGGAGAGAAGAAGCCAAUCAAUUCUCAACUAUGGCACGCUUGUGCAGGGCCUUUGGUUUCAUUACCUCCUGUCGGAAGUCUCGUAGUUUACUUCCCUCAAGGACAUAGCGAGCAAGUUGCAGCAUCGAUGCAGAAGCAAACAGAUUUUAUACCAAAUUACCCAAAUCUUCCUUCUAAGCUGAUUUGCUUGCUUCACAGUGUUACAUUACAUGCUGAUACCGAAACCGAUGAAGUCUAUGCACAGAUGACUCUUCAACCGGUGAAUAAGUAUGACAGAGAAGCGUUGCUAGCUUCUGAUAUGGGUCUGAAACUAAACAGACAACCUACUGAGUUUUUCUGCAAGACUCUUACAGCGAGUGACACAAGCACUCACGGUGGAUUCUCUGUACCGCGUCGUGCAGCUGAGAAAAUAUUCCCUCCUCUUGAUUUCUCGAUGCAACCGCCUGCACAAGAGAUUGUAGCCAAAGAUUUACAUGAUACUACAUGGACUUUCAGACAUAUCUAUCGAGGCCAACCAAAAAGACACUUGCUUACCACAGGUUGGAGCGUUUUUGUUAGCACAAAGAGACUAUUUGCGGGUGAUUCAGUUUUGUUUGUAAGGUAUGAUCUUCUGAAUAUUUUCCUGAAUCCUUCUUCAUGGUUUAAACAGGUAGGAUGGGAUGAAUCAACAGCUGGAGAUAGGCCAAGCCGAGUAUCCAUAUGGGAAAUCGAACCUGUUAUAACUCCUUUUUACAUAUGCCCUCCUCCAUUCUUUAGACCUAAGUACCCGAGGCAACCGGGAAUGCCAGAUGAUGAGUUGGACAUGGAAAACGCUUUCAAAAGAGCAAUGCCUUGGAUGGGAGAAGAAUUUGGGAUGAAAGACGCACAGAGUUCGAUGUUCCCUGGCUUAAGUCUGGUUCAAUGGAUGAGUAUGCAGCAAAACAAUCCGUUGUCAGGUUCUGCUACUCCUCAGCUCCCCGCCGCGCUCUCAUCUUAUAACCUACCAAACAAUUUUGCUUCCAACGACCCUUCCAAGCUGUUGAACUUCCAAUCCCCAAACCUCUCUUCCGCAAAUUCCCAAUUCAACAAACCAAAUACGGCUAACCAUAUCAGCCAACAGAUGCAAACACAACCAGCCAUAGCGAAAUCUCAACAGCAACAACAGCAGCUGCAACAACUACAGAUGUCACACCAACAGCUGCAGCAACAAGGGAUUUAUAACACAGGUUCCAUUAACAAUGGUGUGAAUGCUGUUGCUAACCAAGUCUCUAGUCAAAAUCCACACCAAUCUACUGGAUUCUCUCAGUCGCAGCUUCAGCAACAGUCAAUGCUCCCUAAUGGUGCUAAAAUGACACACCAGAACAUAAACUCAGCGGGGAAUAAAGGCUUGACAUCAUUUGCACAAGAAUUGCAGUUUCAGCAACAACUGGAAUUGCAUAACAGUAGCCAAUUAUUAAGAAACCAGCAAGAACAGUCCUCUCUGCAUUCACUACAACAAUCUCUGUCCCAAAAUCCACAUCAGCUCCAAAUGCAACAACAAUCGCCAAAACCAAGUCCUUCACAACAGCUUCAGUUGCAGCUACUCCAGAAGCUACAGCAGCAGCAGCAACAGCAGCAGUCAAUUCCUCCAGUAAGUUCAUCCUUACAGCCGCAGUUAUCGGCGUUGCAGCAGACACAAAGCCAUCAAUUGCAACAACUUCUGUCAUCUCAGAAUCAGCAGCCCUUGGCGCAUGGUAAUAACAGCUUCUCAGCUUCAACUUUCAUGCAGCCUCCACAGAUUCAGGUGAACCAUCAGCAACAGGGACAAAUGAACAACAAACCUCUUGUAGCCCCCGGAAGAUCACAUUCUGGUCACACAGAUGGAGAAGCUCCUUCUUGUUCAACCUCACCUUCCGCCAAUAACACCGGGCAUGAUAAUGUUUCACCAACGAAUUUCCUCAGCAGAAAUCAACAACAAGGACAAGGUGUAUCUGUAUCUGCAUCUGAUUCUGUCUUUGAGCGUGCGAGCAAUCCGGUUCAAGAGCUUUAUGCAAAAAACGACAGCCGGAUCAAUCAAGGCCUAGUGAAUUUGAAGAGUGCUGGUGAACAGUUCAAAUUUAAAGGCGCAGUAACAGAUCAAAUCGAUGUAUCCACAGCGGGAACAACGUAUUGUCCUGAUGUUGUUGGCUCUGCACAGCAGCAACAGACUUUCCCACUACCAUCAUUUGGUUUCGAUGGAGAUUGCCAAUCUCAUCAUCCAAGAAACAAUUUAGCUUUUGCUAGUAAUCUCGAAGCCGUAACUCCUGAUGCUCUGUAUUCUCAAAAGGACUUUCAAAACUUGGUUCCCAACUAUGGCAACGCACCAAGAGACAUUGAGACAGAGCUAUCCAGUGCUGCAAUCAGUUCUCAGUCAUUUGGUAUUCCCAGCAUCCCCUUUAAGUCAGGAUGUUCAAAUGAGGUCGGUGGCAUCAAUGAUUCAGGCAUCAUGAAUGGUGGUGGACUCUGGCCCAAUCAGACUCAACGAAUGCGAACAUAUACAAAGGUUCAAAAACGAGGGUCAGUAGGAAGAUCAAUAGAUGUUACCCGUUAUAGCGGCUAUGAUGAACUUAGGCAUGACUUAGCAAGAAUGUUUGGCAUCGAAGGACAGCUCGAAGAUCCGCUAACCUCUGACUGGAAACUCGUCUACACUGAUCAUGAAAACGAUAUAUUACUCGUUGGUGAUGAUCCUUGGGAGGAGUUUGUGAACUGCGUGCAAAACAUAAAGAUACUAUCAUCAGCAGAAGUGCAGCAAAUGAGCUUAGACGGAGAUCUUGCAGCUAUCCCGGCCACAAACCAAGCCUGCAGUGAAACAGACAGCGGAAAUGCUUGGAAAGUACAUUAUGAAGACACUUCUGCUGCAGCUUCAUUCAACAGAUUAUCGGCGUUGCAGCAGACACAAAGCCAUCAAUUGCAACAACUUCUGUCAUCUCAGAAUCAGCAGCCCUUGGCGCAUGGUAAUAACAGCUUCUCAGCUUCAACUUUCAUGCAGCCUCCACAGAUUCAGGUGAACCAUCAGCAACAGGGACAAAUGAACAACAAACCUCUUGUAGCCCCCGGAAGAUCACAUUCUGGUCACACAGAUGGAGAAGCUCCUUCUUGUUCAACCUCACCUUCCGCCAAUAACACCGGGCAUGAUAAUGUUUCACCAACGAAUUUCCUCAGCAGAAAUCAACAACAAGGACAAGGUGUAUCUGUAUCUGCAUCUGAUUCUGUCUUUGAGCGUGCGAGCAAUCCGGUUCAAGAGCUUUAUGCAAAAAACGACAGCCGGAUCAAUCAAGGCCUAGUGAAUUUGAAGAGUGCUGGUGAACAGUUCAAAUUUAAAGGCGCAGUAACAGAUCAAAUCGAUGUAUCCACAGCGGGAACAACGUAUUGUCCUGAUGUUGUUGGCUCUGCACAGCAGCAACAGACUUUCCCACUACCAUCAUUUGGUUUCGAUGGAGAUUGCCAAUCUCAUCAUCCAAGAAACAAUUUAGCUUUUGCUAGUAAUCUCGAAGCCGUAACUCCUGAUGCUCUGUAUUCUCAAAAGGACUUUCAAAACUUGGUUCCCAACUAUGGCAACGCACCAAGAGACAUUGAGACAGAGCUAUCCAGUGCUGCAAUCAGUUCUCAGUCAUUUGGUAUUCCCAGCAUCCCCUUUAAGUCAGGAUGUUCAAAUGAGGUCGGUGGCAUCAAUGAUUCAGGCAUCAUGAAUGGUGGUGGACUCUGGCCCAAUCAGACUCAACGAAUGCGAACAUAUACAAAGGUUCAAAAACGAGGGUCAGUAGGAAGAUCAAUAGAUGUUACCCGUUAUAGCGGCUAUGAUGAACUUAGGCAUGACUUAGCAAGAAUGUUUGGCAUCGAAGGACAGCUCGAAGAUCCGCUAACCUCUGACUGGAAACUCGUCUACACUGAUCAUGAAAACGAUAUAUUACUCGUUGGUGAUGAUCCUUGGGAGGAGUUUGUGAACUGCGUGCAAAACAUAAAGAUACUAUCAUCAGCAGAAGUGCAGCAAAUGAGCUUAGACGGAGAUCUUGCAGCUAUCCCGGCCACAAACCAAGCCUGCAGUGAAACAGACAGCGGAAAUGCUUGGAAAGUACAUUAUGAAGACACUUCUGCUGCAGCUUCAUUCAACAGAUAGAAAAAAAGAUAAGAUGCAAAUAGACCAAAUCAACUUACAUCGAGAUCAUUCCAGGCCGUCGCAAAGUACAACUUUUUUUAUGUGUACUGCAAAGUGCAAACAACAAACUAAGAAGAAGAAGAAGAUGAAAGAUACUGCAAGGUAUAUAUACAUUUUUAUAGGACAGUGAUUUGAUUUUUCUUUCUAACUUGAGAUGUUGUUGUACUUUCUUGUUUCCAUAUUUAUUAUAUAUGUAUGCUUGACAAAAAAAAAGAAAAAAAGAGAACAAGUCAACUAAAAAACAAUGUAAUGUGAAUGUAAUAUUGUAAUGUAACUAAAAACAAUCAUCUUCACUAAUGAUUAA